UUCCGAACUCUCCAAAGAACUAUCGAACGCAGGUCGUGUAAUCGUGGAAAAGAACAUCAGAAAGCUACAGAAGGGAGAGUCCUACGAUCACUGUCAAUCGUUUGACGAUAAAAAGUUUGUAAUCGACAAGAACGGACGCAUUUGUGAGCGAAAGAAGAAGGGCCGGCUGUACAGUUUGGGCGGUAAUGAUCCACCGAAACGGUGCAGCCGGGGCCGGCUCGACCGUCUCAAGACGGUCGGAACAUUCGACAUCACGAACGAGAUCUCACGCCUCAGCCAGAAAACCAUGAACCUAAACGAACGCAUCAUCAGCACGCAACUGUUCGCGCAAACGAUCGACGAAACGGCCACCACGACCACGUCGGUGGGCAGCAGCGUCGGUUUGAGCGUUGGCUUCGUGCCGUUCGUUGCAGCAGCCACCGCCGGUUUGGCCGGUCCGAGCGGGACAACCGUAAUGCUACCAACCGACACUGCAUCAUCCGGCCCAUCAACGUCUUCCAGCCACGCGAAACAAAGCGCCGAAACGAUCCACCUGUCAUCACCGCAUCAUCUGCAUCCACUGCAUACGGGAGGCAGUGGGAGCAGCAGUAGUGUAGCCACAGCGGCGACCCUUGUACAGCAGCCGCAACACUCAACACCACCAUCAACCAGCAGAGCCACCGGGAAAAGCCGCAGCCUGAGUACGGGCUCGUACAUCACCAAGGACUCUAGUGCACACUCGAGCGCAGAACGGCUCACCAAAUCCAACAGCCAUACGGAGGUGCACAUCAACAGUGGACUGGCGGGAGCAUCAACUUCAAAAGAUAUCGGAGGAUCCAUAAUGCCGCAGAACAAAUCGUUGGAGGAGGGCCGUUCGAUGAUUCCCUCGGUGAAAAGUUCCCCACCUGUCCGAAAGCCUAUCCUGCGCAAAUCGAAGAAAAUCGUUCGUACCGAUUCGGAGUUCCUGAAGGGUAACAUCUACGAGAAGGAGUCGAGCGUGUCCAGCUCACAGUACACACCGACCAGGGAUCGACGCAGGGAACAGUUCGCCGAUUACCGUAGCAGUAAUCCAUCCUCCGAAACGCACAAAUCCACCGACGAGAGCUCCAAGAACAUAUCGACCGACGAGAUCGACACCGUGUUCUCCGACACGAUGGAUCUCGAGCAGAUGGAGCAGGACUACCGGAUGCAUCUGAAGAACAAUUUGCAGCGCGAGUACAAGAGCGACAGUGACACGCUGGACGAGGUGGGCAAGAAGCGCACACCGGAUUACAACGCAUGGAAAAACCAAAGCUACGAGAACACGUUCGAUGUGUACGGGAAGGAAAUCAGCGAACAGGCGGCAAACGGUAGAAAUCAUGCCGCAAACGAUCGGGCCACAGUCGAGGCGUCUGCGAAAGGCGAUGAACACCCCGAACGACCAUCUACCUCGGCCGCACCGAAACCGGAUCGACCAACGGAGCUCGAGCUUGGAUCCACGUCCGACGGUGGUGGCAAGUCGUCCGCUUCCUCCACGAACGACGGUCCAUUUGGUCAUCUGUUCGAGAAGAAUUUGGGGCGGUUUAAGCGUAUGAACAAGUUGCUCAAAUGCAAGCGCUUCAGCACGUCGGCAUUGUACGAGAAGAAAUCAUCGGCGAGUGGAAGUGCCACCGCAUCGGACGGCAAACCGUCGUUCACCUCACCUACCAAAAGUAUACCGAAUGCGGCACGGUCGCCCGUCAAAUCGAUCCACUCCCAGUCGAAAGCCUCGAUCAGUUCGUCCAAAUCGUCACUUUUCGGAAGCAAAAAAUCGGGCACCGGGUUCACGUUUAAGGGUAAGCGGUUUCUCUUCACUGGCAAGACUUCACCCAACAAGUCGAAGUCGAACAACGAGAUCAGCUACUACCGUACCAAGUCGACCAAGAGCUCCAAAAAGGGUUCGGUGAAAAACAACAGUACGGCGUGCCUGAAUCUCGAAACCACCUGUACAUCGCCGCUGUCUGAAGCAUUUUACAACACGACAGGCAGCGUGCGGUUGAGCGCGAUGGAGCUGUACGAGAAGUUUUGCUCGCAGGACUUUAGCGGGCUCUACAAACACGAAACGGUACGUGCAGAUGCGGACAGUCACGGUAGCGGGACGGACUCGAGCCACUACGAGUCGCAUAGACAUCUCGGAGCGAUACGGAAGUAUCGGCGGCGUAACUUUAAGCUGUUGCGUCAGAAAAGUGAACCCAAGUUCUCGUUUCGCACCGACACACUGUACGAGGACAGCUACGACGGUGUGUGUUACCAUGAUGAGAAAGACGAGGAGGAAGAGUACGGCACGGAGGAUUACAAUCAGUUCUUGUACGAUGAGCAGUACUAUGAGGAAGACAUUGAGCAUUACAGCAUCGAAAACAUCUACUACCAGAGGAAUGGGCUGAUAGCGCUACCGGAUGGAAGCUAUGUGCAGCGGUAUCCUUACCGCAUGGAAGACGAGGAAGGUGACCAGGAUGAGGAAGACGAGGAGGAAGAGGAGGAAGAAGAAGAGGAAGGCGAAGAGGAAGAGGAGCUGGGUGAAGAGGAAGAGUGUGACUACCAGGGUGAGGAGGAGGAGGAAGAGGAGGAGGAGGAAGUGGAUGAGAAUGAGUUCGACGAGGAGGACGAAGAUGAGCUGGCCAUGGAGGAGGAAGAGGAAGAACGGAGGCGUCUACAGAGGCUACAACUACCCCCACCGAUCGAGCUCGUCGCCUCGAUGGAUUCCGACUGUGACGAGAUCUAUCUGAUGCCGCAGAACGAGUCCGAUAGCAAGAAGUUGAUCAUACAGGACUUUCUGUUUCAUCGCAGCAACGACUUUGACGCGAACGUCAGCGGGGACGACUACGACAUUGCCGAGGUGGACGAGGAAGCGGAAGAAGAGAGGGAGUUGGCACAGGCAGAACUGGAGUCGAAGCAGACACGGGUGGAUCAGGGUGUCGAGGAGCAGCCGGAGGACGACUUCGAGCAAGACUUUCGGAUGGAGCGAUACGCGGCGACCGAUAAGGAAACGCUUACAAUCUACAAGAUUUGCUCGAAGGAAAGCAUACUGGAGUCAAUGCGGGGCGAGACCCCGGAACGUGGUUCGGAUAACCUACCGCACAGUGCCUCGAUGGAGCAGUACUUUCUCAAGUCGGACUGCGUGACGACGCUCGAACGGACGGCAUCGUUGGAUCUGCUGAGCAAUUCCAGCGGUACGCUUAACAAAUCCACCCUGACGGACUAUGCCUUCGAUACGGUGCGCAACAUGAACCUGGACAGCUGCAGUACCUCCCGAUUGAGCCUGUCGCUCAAGAGCGAAAUAUUCGAGGACACCGCUAAUGGUGGUGGUUCCGGUGGAGGUCCUUCACUGGCAGCGGAACCGGUCACAGGGCACAGCACGCAGCAGGAUGCUGCCACCUGUAGCGUAGAAUCUGUAGAAGCGAGUGCUGAAGUUCCACGUAUCAAGAGUUGGAACAUUGAAGACUUUACCCUGACACCCGAAGAAUCGUUCUCCGACGAGCAAUUGCCGCUGGAUGGGCCGUGCGAUGGUGAUGCGUCAAAGAUUGCGGAACUAAUACAGGAGCGCUGCGCAGAUAGUUCCUCCGCACAGGAGCCACUCGAACUCGAUCACCACAACGGGACAGCUGAGUACACGAUCGUCGAUCUGGACGAAGAACCCUACAUGCUGGAUCCGACUAUUUCGGAAUUUACGUCGGAAAUCACAAAAGAGUUCGAUUUGCUGUUUUCCCGCGCAGAGACGGAAUCUUUGCAAGCGGCCGCUGCCGUUGUCUCGACUACCUUGGUGGAGCAACCGUCCCAACCCCAGCCGGUACCUCCUCCUCCCGAAGGACCUUCACAGCUCGGUGAUGUGUUGAAGUUACUGAGCGAUCUUCCGACACGCUACUCCAUGCAGAUGCUAGAACACAUCAAUCUCGACUCGGACGACAUACGUAUUCCGGUGCGCGAGGAAGCGAAUGGUACCGCUCCAACGCCACCAUCACCGCCACCACCAUCAACCUCGCCCGUUCCAACAAAACCAUCAGCAUCACCGAACUCUUCCGUCCCCAACAGUCAACCGCCAGAAAGUGCCAAACCGCGUACACUCGAGCCGAGCGGAAGCGGACGAUCGUUCACGAAGAUGAAGCUAAGGUCAACGCAUUCGACCGGAGCGACUAAAACGGCGGCCACCACACCAACCGCACCGGAUAUCACGAUAUCGGUCGGUGGAGUACAGGAAGCCGCACCAGCCUCCAAACCGGGCGGCAGUAGCGAUCGGUUGAAGAAAGCGCGCAGCCAGUCGUUAGGUAACUUACGGAAUAAAACCAAAUGUUUUCCAUUAUAGAAUUUAAGUAACACUGUAACAAUAAUCCUAACACUAUGGGUGCUGCCAGUAGUAGUGUAAGGCAGCGCACGCGAGGUUACGCCAAGGUUCACACUGCACGCACGGAGCUGAGUGGUGUCGGAUACUUUCAGACCGCUCCAUCAAACCGUUCCCGUUGCGUUGCAAUGCGUUUUAUCCAGUUUGUAGGUUGUUGUGCGAAGAUGGUGAUUAGUAGAACGUCUAGUAGUUCCGAGUGGACGAUAUUUUUUAUACGAACUCCCCUAGCCAUCCUGUCCUCUCCACUCCGACGUUCGUACUGUAGCCAUCCCUUUCCCAUUAUGCGGUGGCUAUGUAGAACCCACGGUAAACACGGUCGUAUUUAUACACCAGAUCUAAUAAUAUUAAUCUAGAGUAACGAAUUGUCUAGCCAAAGUAGAAACACUACGGUACGCCGGAUUAAUGUCGAUUUGAAAGGAGGAGGAUCAGACAGAACAGACAGAAGUCGAUCCUCAACGUUUAGCACUAAGUCUUCAUUUACCCAUUGACAAUUGGUCUACUGUUGUUGGUGGUACUUAAGCUGUCUGCUCCUCCUGCUAUGUUUCAGCUGGCCAGAUUUUUAUGGGCCAGCAUUUUUGGAAUUGUUUGCAAGCAAAGGGAGGUUAUUCGAUUACGCUUUUUGUUAUUUAAAAUAAUGGAUAACUGAGAAUCCUAGCUAGUGAGAAUGGAUUAGACGGAAAUGGAAGUUACAUAAGUUGCAAGCAGUAGAUAGACGUAAGGGAAUGGAACAAUGGAGCAUCGCUAGCUCCACGGGCUAGGGUGAUGCAGAGUUUUCUAUUCCGAUGGGACCACGACAGAAGGAGAGGAGUUUGUUUUGCUACUCGGGAGAAAACCCAGAGAGAGUAUCGUUUAUAUUUCCACUGUAACUGUUGUAAAGCUAAACAAACAAUACACUUACUGGACAUACUUUAUCAUACUACAUCUGUACUGUUAGGCAUCUAUCGUGUAAGCGUUCGAUCUUGUUUUGUAAACAGACAUUUGCCUUUGUUGUUGCUGUAGACAUAUUACCGAAACGUGUCGAUAUUCCGGAGAUCUCCCGGUGAUCUCUUGCUCCAGAGGGAAAUCAGUAAAGAGUGGAUUGAAUUUUAUCUUCCUAAGGAAUGUGCGUGUGUGUGACCCAGUUGCAUGUUAUGUAAGUGAUCGUACGCAUUAUGUGUAAGUGUAUCGUUGUCUUGGAUAUAAACUAGUCUAAUGGACUUUGUGCAAAGAGAUCGAAAAAAAAAACAAACAAAACCAACACAACAUAGACAUAAAAAAAACAUCUCAUCACAAGUUUUAAGCAAACCAAACCAAAAUGUAAAUGAUAUUAUUAAACGAAAAAAAAACGAAGAAAAAAACAAAACCAAAAAAACACAAAACCUUGUAAAUCGCAAACCGAGCAAAAAGAUGAAA